AUGUCACGUACAAUAAUCCAAUACUACCUGGGUGGCACAGCGAUCCCCAGCUGCGUCUUUGUCCCUGAGUUCGACAAUACCUUUUUCUGCACCACAUCAGGUUUCAUGGCGUUUCCCGGCAACUCGGUAUACGCCAGUCAGAACCUGACCGACUGGAGGCUUGCAAGUAAUGCUCUUAGCCGGGUGGCCCAGCUACCCGAAGUUCAAGCUGCAACAAAUGAGCAAUUCGCGGGCAUGUUUGCCAACACUUUGCGUUAUCACAAGGGAAAAUUCUAUCUCAUCUUGGCAUGGAUCAAUCCCGCGUUUGGCGUGCCUCGCUUUGUUCUGAGCACGGCAACCGACCCUUUCGACGACAGGUCAUGGAGUGAUUACUUUGUUCCUUCAAACACCUGGUUUCACGAUUGA